GUGGUUAAAUAAAAGGGCUGCUGGUCUAAUAUACAUACAUGCAUAAUUGUUAUUGUUGUUACUUUUGUUGGUAAUAUUGUUGUUCUACAUCCAACGAAAAAGGAACAUCCUUGUAUACAAACUCUAUAUGAAGCGAGUCAGCCAAAGUUAAGUAUAUUCAACAUAUUGAACCAUCAUCAAGCUACUGAGGUGGGCGUGCACGAACUGGUCGCUGCUAGCUAAAAUGAUAAAUAACGUUAGUGACUAGUAAGCUAAAUUUUCUCGUCUAGGUGUUACUUGGCAGCAUCGAGUCUCUUGGGGUUAUUGAACCAUUUGCCAGUCUUUAAGGAGAAAGACAUAAUAGCAUUUGAGCUAGCUAGUUAGCAGUUAAUCUUUAAGUUACCAGUCGCUAAGACACUCGAGACUUUAACGGGCAGCAGUGAUUCGGAGUGCUAGCUACAAAGAAACAUAUUGAAAGCCUGGAGAUCCACAACGUAACAUACACUUAUGUUAACGUUCGUUAUUUCAUGUAUACUGUUUUCGGAUCUCGUCGGUGUUAAUAACUGCAGGGUUUCUAUAUACAAAGAUGUAUGGGAUGUCGGGAUGACAGGAAGAUGGCAAACGGGCUUGCAAAACACAAGCUGCUUGUCAUUGGACCAACGGAGCCAUGGUCAGUGAGGGAGAAGCUGUGUUUGGCCACAUCUGUCAUGAAGAGUGGCGACCAGAACUGGGUAUCUGUCAGUCGAGCCAUCAAACCAUUUGCAGAAUCUGGACGACCACCUGACUGGUUCUCUCAAAAGCACUGUGCUUCCAAGUACUCUGAGCUCCUGGAAACAACAGAAGUCCCAAAACGGAAGCGUGGUGAAAAAGGUGAAGUGGUGGAGACAGCGGAGGAUGUGAUAGUACGCAGGCUGACAGCUGAUAGGAUUGAUGAACUAAAAAAGUUGAUCAAAGAAACACAGGAAAAGCACAGGAAACUCAAGAGAGAGGCUGAACUGAUUCAAGCAGGACAUCUAGAUUCCAAAUUAGAAGAAUUAUGGCAAGAGAUUCUGCGGAAAAAGAAAAUGGAAGAGGAGGAAGCAGAGUUGAAAAGAAAAAACACAGAGGCUGCUUAUCAAGCCAGACAGGUGGCAAAGAACACGCCUAAGCGAGUGCCCGGCAUCACCAUGCAUUCACCCUCAGCCUGCAGCUCCUCAAGCCAGGAGUUCUCACCAGGUGACCCACUCGAGUGCUUGACACUGGAUCUUGCAUUGACAAAAAAUGCUUCAGGUUCAGUCAGACUAAUGACAAUUCCUGAGCUUUGUGGACCUGGCAGUGAUGACAUGAGCCAGGGGUCACUUCUGGAUGACCCCACUCAAAAGAAGCUCCUGGGCCAGAAAGCCACGCCGCCACCAUCUCCACUCCUGUCAGAGUUACUGAAGAAAGGCAGUAUUUUGGCUACAAAUUCCAGACUGAUUGGGGAGGGUGAUGUGGCCCCUGGUAAUGUGACAGGAGCACAUGACUUACAGCUGGCUCCGUCUGGUCAACCUCUCUCUCAGGCAACAGGUUCCCCAAUGUUGUCACGUCUCCUGGAAGCAGGUCCCACCCACUUUCAUGCUCCUUUAGGUUUCAUGGUCAGCGCAAACUCCGCCUCCAGUGUGCCACUCUCUGCCACUACUCCUGUUUCUGUUGACCCUACUGGCUCAGCAAGUACAGAAAUAGAUAUAAUGGUGCUGCCUGUGUCCUCUGGAUGCCUGCCUGUCUCUGCAGAGGACAGGGUGUCAGAGCUCAGUGAGGAGGAUGUGACUGCAUCCUACAUGGGAGAUGAGCUGGACCUGAAGACUGUGGGGGACAUCAUCGCCAUCAUUGAGGACAAGGCAGACGAGACCGCAGAGGCUUUGGAUGCAGCUGCAGUCGAGGCUGCUCUAUCGCUGUGUGAGGAGAACGGUCAUGCUUUGUCUGGUGCCUGGGAGACUGGGCCUUUCCCACCCCAUGAGUCUCACCCCACAGCGCCCACAGGGGUCCCUCAGUCCGUACAGUCUUCGUCUCUUCACAGUAGCCGGGAGGGUAAGACAGAAGUGUUGGAAGUUCAGGGGGGGACCACGGUUUCACUCUCCUCUCUGUGCAACAGUCAGGAUAACUGUCUCGAAGCAUUCCCCGUGGGACUGAGGGGCCUUCCUCCCACUUCCUCAUCCUCAUGCAGCUCAAAUAGUUUGGAGCAGUGCCACAAUGGAGUACCUUCAUUGCCUGAGGUAAUGAGAAUGGAGACUGGAGAGAUGGUCACCAUCAAAUGUGAGAGCGAGACGUGGGCACAGAAAAGACCUGAUAAACCCCAGAGAAACUCAGUAUUAGAAGAUAGCCCACUGACAGAGAAGCAUCCUAAGGAGAUGAAAACGGAAGAUGGAAAUGUUGUACGAGGACAGAAUGCCUCAGGGACUAAAGUGUUCGCCGAGGUCAAUCGGCCAGUGGAUGCGUGUGGAGAAGAAGAGGGUGAUGGGACAGAUGAGUUCUUGUCAGAACCAGAUGGGGACAUGGAUCUAGGACCUGUGGCCAGUGAGAGCGAGGAUGGUUACAGCCUCCACACGGCUUCCUCAUCUCUGCAGCUCAACACGAUCACAGACUCCAUCCCCAGCAGCCCUGCCUCAUCGCAGUUUUCUGUGUGCAGUGAGGACCUGGAAGCACUACAGGCUCACAAGAUCUGGAAGAAAGCCAUUAUGUUGGUGUGGCGUGCAGCAGCCAAUCACAGGUAUGCAAAUGUAUUUCUGCAGCCAGUAACAGAUGACAUAGCACCUGGGUACCACAGUAUCGUGCACAGGCCCAUGGACCUGGCCACCAUAAAAAAGAACAUUGAGACCGGCUUCAUACGGACCACCGCUGAGUUCCAGAGGGACAUCAUGCUCAUGUUUCAGAACGCGGUCAUGUACAACAGCCUGGAUCACGACGUGUACCACAUGGCUCUUGAGAUGCAGCGUGACGUCCUGGAGCAGAUCCAGCAGUUUCUAGCCACCCAGCUUAUCAUGGAGACAUCAGAGGCUGGUAUCAGCGCCAAGAGCCUGAGGGGCCGUGAGAGCACACGCAAACAGGACUCUACUGACAAGGACUCUGUCUCCAUGUCCUCUCCUGCCUUCCUUCUUUCUCUUUUUGAUGGUGGCACCAGGGGGCGCCGUUGUGCCAUAGAAGCUGACCUCAAGAUGAAGAAAUGAACGUGCAGUAUGAAUUUGAUCCGAAAGUCGCCCUGUGUUGAACUAAAAGGUGUGCUACAACAAGACUGUGCUUAUUCUGUGUCAUUUGCACAGAUUAUCACCCUGCAUACUGCAGCAUAACCUUUACUUGCACACUACAUUAAAUGGGUGUGUUGGGGAGAAGCUUGUUUCUUCUGAGACAGCCAUGUAGACAUGGAUUACAUACUGCAUAAUCCCGGAUUACAAUGGGGCAUUCAGAAAGACUAGGUCAAACCUUUCCUAGACGUAGUUGCAGAUCUGUAAGACUUAGCCUGAUCUGAAUUACACCAGAUUGUAGAGAUGAAGAUAAAAGUUACUCCUAACCUACAAAUGGACUGAAAUUAAGACUGCAGAGGGCCUGGUUGAACUUCAGAUUAGUGUGGUUGAUUUUGAGAAAUAUACAGUAUUGGUGGUAAUAUGUAAAACCAGGGGCCGAGGACUCUGAUUAUCCUAAAAUUUCUGAAUUUCAAACACCUUUUCAUUGCAUAUAUAAAAAUCAGUUGAGCGCUUUUUUAAGUUCUUUAAUUUUGCAAACCUUCAGAUCAUUUUUGCAAAUGGUUGUAUUGUUUGUGAUGAGUUGAUUAUGUCUAUGCUACACUUCCUGUGAAACACUACCCACAUGCAUAUUCCGAGUCAUUUUCUGUAUUUUUGAGAAAACAUCACAUUAUUGAACCGUUUUCUGGACGUUUAAACAAUAAAACCACAUAAAGAGCCCCCCAACCCCACUAUGAUGAUCUUGAAUUUGCACAUUUGCUCCAAAGAACAACAAAAAAACACCAUGGUGGCAUGCUGUGGCUGUUAUUUGCUCUGUAUGGAGAUUUUCUCAGGAAUGGGUUUAAACAUCAGUGACCACAUGGCACAAAACUGUUAAAAAGUUACACAUUACAAGAGAAAUACAUCACCACUGCUGUGUUUCAUAGCGAGGUCUACUCACAAAGCUCAUACCAAUGAUU